UGGGGAGGGGGUGCUGGGGAGCGUUAACGCAUCUUGGUCCCCUUGCCACCAGAUGGGGGAGGUGCGGCCUGAACAUACAGGUGAGAUUUGAUGACAGCCUAUGCAGGGAUAGGGUAGGGUGACACCAGGGCUGUUCAGAAUUGGCAGAGCAUCAGAAUUGCCUUCCUCUCCCCUGCCAGCUCAGGAGCAGGUGCUGGGAAUCUGUGUAGCUCCCAGUUCUGAUGUAUCCCCUCUAGACUACUGGGGGCCCACAGUGUCCUUGGGGCCACUUGGUGGACACACUUAUGAAAUGUGGAAGCUACCAAAAUCAUGUGCAGUGUGGAGACACCACUAACUGGGGCUCAGGAGACCCCGGCCAGUACCUUCUAUGUGACUUGGCCAGUCCUUGUCCUUCUCUGGGCCUCACUCUUCUCACUUGUUCUGAGGGAGUGAUCCAGACAAUCCUGAUCAUGAUUCAUGGUUCCAAACAGCUGAUGUCCUGGACGCGGACCAAAGGUUUAGGUUGGAAAGAAUGGGCUCUGGUCCCGACACUUUGUCCCCUUGUGGUGGCAUUCGGCAGUGUAGUCGUUAAAUCCAACAGAGCUCCCUCCUGGGGAGGCCAGGAGGCUGGGGUUGUGGUUUCUAAAGAAUAAUUGACAGGAACUGCACCCUGGGUUCCCAAGCCGGCAAAUACAAGUCAUUGCCCUUCCUUCUCUUUCUACAGGGGCUGGCAGCACAGCUUGGAAGCACUGGGCAUCCGGGUCUUACAGGCCCAGGGGCAGGUCCCAGCCUCUCCGUUUUGUAGCUUCAUAUUAGCCUUAGGUUUCUCAUCCACAGAGUCAGGCUAUCAGAGUAGCUCCCUCUCGGGGAGGAGUGAGGGUGGAACGAGGUACUGUACUUACAGGGCCUCGCACAGUGCAUUGCCGGGUGAGGGGCGGCUGCGACAGCCAGUGUGGUGAUAAUUCAGAUUCAUGGAACACAGUGAGUGUUCUGUGCAAGUGGGGUGCAAAGAGCAGGUGAGUUUGUUCUCGUCCUCUGAGGCAUCCCUCAGCCAUCAGAGGGCGCUGUGCCUUCGGCUGAGGUUGGAACCGUAGUAGGUGCUGUGCUGUCUUGUCUUCUGAACAGGGAUGGGACCUCUCAAAGCCACCCUUUAAAUGGGCACCCCUGGGGCCUGGCCCUGAUGGUCCUGUGGGAUACAGGAAGCUGUGUGCUGUAGGGCCCUCCGCAGAGGCCACUGUGUCGGCCCAUAGAUGUGGGUGGUUGUGGGGCAUCUGAGCUAGGAGGACCUCGGAGAGCCGUGCAUAGAGUCAUUUCACUCAUGGGCCCCAUGGCCAGGGAAGGUCGGGGCCUGGCACUGUUCUCUGGGUGUAGGGCUGUCCUCACCCUCCUGCCUCCAGGCUCUAACCCCCUUCUUUGAGCCCAGAACAAGGUGACCCUGAGCUAGAUUGGCUCAGUCUAGGGCUGGAGGUGGCACACAGGAGCCCUGUGGGGCUGGCCCCACACCUCCCACCUUGCCCUAUAAUUGCCUGUUUAUCUGUGGGCUCCCCUCUCGAGGUGAGCUCCCCUUGGGCAGAGCUGGUUCAACUUCUAUCUUCCCAGCAGGAGCCUGGCACAGAGAGGGCUCAAGAAAGUUUUGAGCCCCUCCCCAAAUUGUUGGACCCAGCUACUGGCCAGCAGCCCCACAGCUGGCCUGGCUACCUCAGGCCUCCUGGGCCUUGCAGGGGGACUGGAGCCUGGCCCGCUGUGUCCCCUCAUAGGAAAUGGGCUGUCUGGUAAUUUGUAGGGAAGAGCCUCAGCUUGCUGUGUGCCCUGCCCUGGUCCCAGGCAGUCCCUUGGUGCAGCUCCCCGCCUAGCAAGUGGAAGAAAGGGCCCUGGACCCGCAGGCAAGAGGCUUGUCAUUGAUGCCGUGACAGUGGGCAGGCCUGUGUUUGUCUCUGGGCAGAAGGUUCCUCCUGCAUGGUGUCAGGGCACUGGCCUGGCUAGGCUGGAGGCUUUGAGGCCAGAUCUCCAGGAGCUUGGGUCUCCAAGAGGUUGGGGCCGGGUGGCGUGCUCUGGGGUAAUUGCACUCUGUCUUCUGGUGCUGCUGUGGUGAUGGUCCCUGGGUCCCGGAAGGAGGCUCGAGGCCCCGGGGAGCUCAUUACUGUGCCUUCCCUCCCCUCCUGUCCCUGCUGACCAGGCCCUGUUUGUUGUCAUCCCUCACUUUCUGGGCCUGUUGCCCAGCAGGGCCUCCCCUGCCCAGCUCUGUUUUCUCCAUGGAACGGGGGUGCUCAGCCUGAGCUGCACCCCUACUCCCCCUGCCCACCUCAAUUCUGGGGAUGCAGGCGCAUCACACCCUCGGCACACAUGCCCCCUCCUCCAGGAAGCCAUCCCUUUACCUCUAGUACUUGACACAGCCUAGGGUGAACAGGCUGGGAUUUGAAGGCAGCCAGACCUGGGUUUGAUUCUGGCCGGGUUCCUUGCUGGUCAUGUGACCUUAUGCAGGUCGUGUUCCUUCUCUUGGCCUCUGUGUAAACCUGACCUUUCCAGUCCAGGGUGGUGGGAGGAUUAAAGGAGCCCACAGGAUUAGGGUGAGGGUAGGUAAGCCCGUGGCAUUUAGGGGAGAUCUGCACAUAUUAAUCCCACCCCCUUCUCCUCUGGGCUCCGACCUGUUUCUCUGUUCUGCCAGACACUUCUUGGCAGUGGGCCUCCCUGUCCCAUGGGAUCCCUGGUUGCGGCAUUAUGGUCUCCUCAGUGUGAUCGUACAUUUCCUGAGGGCAGGGCAGUGGAUUUCAGGUGACCAGGUUUUGCGGAGCAGAAGUCAGGAUGUGACAUUGGGGUAGAGCAUUUGCCACUAGCUUGGUGUGGCCCAAGCCAGGUGAGUUCCCCUCCCCUGGAGGCCUUUGCAACCCGAGGCUCGAAGGCAGGCCUCUGUGCUCUGAGCCACGGGGUGCCGGAGCCCAGGAGGAGUCAGCUGUGCCCCUAGCCAGAGGGGAGCAGAAGUGAGCAGAAACCCAGUGGAGUGCCUGGAUGCCUGAGAGCCAGGGCUGGGAGCUGGGCAGUCCUGGGCUGGGCCUGGAGGAGGCACCUAGUGGUAGGGCCAGGCUGUCUUUUAGCCCAUUUAAGAAUGUUUCCCAACCCGUGCCUGCCCCUGCUAUGUGAGCAGUUCCUGUCCUUUAGCGAAUGCCAGUUCAUUCACUAUACAGUGGUUAAGCACCAACUGUGCCCCAGCACCAUUCAAGGUACCGGGGACAGAGGGUUUGAAAAAGUCCUAAAUCACGUCAAGUUUUCAUUACCUGGAAACAACCAGUGUUAGGGUUUUCUAUAUUUCCUUCCAGUCUUUUUUCCAUUUGUGGCUAAAGAGGUGCUUGUUUGUCAUGAUCACGGUUUCACAGCCACGGACGCAAGCUUAGAUGUUGCUUUGCUCCUCUCUGUUCACUCCUACGUCCAGCUUUUGGUGGGGCCUCCCAAGCCGUCUGGGGCCUGAGCGGAGGUCUGUGGGUGGCGUGGGCCCAGCCCCACGUGCAGCCUCCUGCCUGCCUUUCCUUCCCUCUUCCCCCUCUGGCCUUCCUUGGCCACCACUGCCCCCUUCCUCCCGUCUACCUGUCUGGGGGGCCCCAGCCCUGGUAACAACUCCCUCCUUCAGCCUCCUCCUGCCUUUGUUCAGGCCAAGACCAGGCCCUCCCCAGAGUCGUGAGGCCUCUGGAUCCUCAUCCAUAGAAGCUGAACCCCCCCACCAUGUCCUGCAGGCCCAGGGAGGGGGCGGGUUUUCUCUUGAUUCAUUGCUGCCUCCAGACCGCACCCUCCCCAGAGAAACCCCUGCAGGCUCGUGCUGGUUGUCCCCCCACCCCGGCCCACCUUAUUGCCGCCCCCUGUCAGCCAGCCACCCUGCCUGCCACCCAGGCACCAGGGGCUCGGCACCUCCAAGUUCCCAACCUUUUUCACCCCAGGUACUGCAGUGUCCCGGGGGUCACGGUGCCCUCAUCACUGUGGCCCCGGGUCUUGAUUGCGUCGCCACCUGCCUUCACCGUCCAGGUAUCGCCCUCGUUCCUGCACCCGAUGCACACCUGUUCCUAAACCACAUUCUGAUCUCGGUCAGGCCCGUGUACUCUCUCCGUGUGCCCAUCUUCUUCUUGUCCUCGGCCUUGGGCCCCAUGGGCCGUCACAUCAACUAUUCUUUCGUCAGUGUCAUUCAUUCAUUCAUUCAUUCAUUCAUUCAUUCAUUCAUUCAUUUAUCAGGGAUUUCCGAGGGCCUCCUAUAUGGCAGCCCUGUUCUGGGGGUGGCUUAGAGUGAUGGACAAGUCAAACACCGUCCUGGCCCCUCCGUGUGGAGACAUCACAGACAAAAACCAAGCAAAUGUACAAAUAAAAAGGAGAAUUUAGUUCUGGGAAAGGAGAGAAAUGUCUCCCUAUGAAGGAAAAAGAAGCUCCCAACAGUCACUCCUCAGCCUCUGCCGCUCCAGCUACAGAGCAGAAGGUUCUGUGAGGAUCAGGCAGUUUAAGGUCUCUUCUCUAUGGUUUUCUUGAACACUGUUGGAGAAUGGCUGCCAGAGGCCCCCAGGACGGACCCCAGUGCUCGAGGUGUUGUCUUAAUAGGACCAGGUGCUUUGUUCCCCUCCAUGACCCCCUUGCUGUUCACGUAGCCCAAGACCCCGCCGACUUACUUAGCCUCUGUCUAGCAAUUGACUCUGCUUGUGGUCCACUAGACCCUUCAGGUUAUUUCCAGUUCUUACACUUUGGCCUGUGCUCUGUCCUGUCUUCUGUGUGUGACAUGUCAUGGCAGCUUCCCCUCUCCCCUACCCCCCCCUCAGCUACACUCACUUGCUCCAUUUCUUCCAUUUGCCCUCAUGUCAUGGCUGAGCCCCCGGUUCCCUCUCAGGCACUGGGGAGACAGACAUUUGUCAGAUUCUUCCACCGCCUCCAGUCUCCUGGGGGAAGAAGCUGAGGCUCAAUACAGGUGUAAUAAGUGGUGGGGUUUUAGCAGAAGAGACUCCCGGGCACAUGGCAGCCACGUGGUGCGGAGUGGCGGCAGGCCUAGCAGGCGAGAGUCACCUGGGUCAGUGAUUCUCAAAGCACAGUUCCUGGACCCACAGCAUCAGUGUCACCUGGGAGGUUGUUAGAAAUGUGAAUUUUCAGGCUUCAUCAGAAACCGCUUAAUUCAGAAACCCUGCGUGGGGCCCAGCAAACUGUUUUAGGUCCCACGGGUGAUUUUGGCGCUCCCUGAAGUGUGAGAACAUGGGUCUCGGUGAGAGACGGAGGUGGCUGGGUGGGGGUCCUGCCAGUGGGGAUGGGUAGGAGGGUUUUCAGGGUAAUUGACAGGCCUUGGUGAUGGGGUGUGAAGGGGGUGAGGGUGAGGCCGAGCUAAGGAGGGCUGCAGGGUUUGGCUUAGGUGACUUCAGAUCUCAAGUUGGUGGGCCCCUCUGGGCCUUGUUCCCCCUACCUUCCUGCCAGAGGGUCUUCCAGCCUCUCCUUAUGUGUCUCCAGUGAGCACCUGCUCCCCACCUCCUGCCCUCUUACAGCCUGCGAGCAAUGCUCCCCUCUUCACAGCAAGCCAGCUCCCAGCUCAUCCGUGGUAGCCAGGGUGGUUGCCACAGCAGUUGACAUCAGCAGUUGGUCCCCAAGGAGCCUGUCACCCUCCUGCCUGCCUGCAGUGCCUCUAUUCCCGCUUCUGCAAGGAGUAGAGGAGGAGGCAUUUGGGGACUCCUGCCUCCUACACACCUCAUUUUGAGGGCUGGGUGGGACUGGGAAGGGCAGUGACUGGGAGAGGAGGGACAAAGGGAGGGCAGAAGGCAGGCAGGGCCCCUGUUUGGUGGCCUCUUGCCUUGGCUGUGAGGCCCCAGUUCACUUGGCUCCUGCACAGUGGAGGCAGCAGCAGCAUUUGGGCCAUGGCCGAGGAGGGGCCAAAGCCGACGCAGCUCAACAUGCCCCUGGUCCUGGAUGAGGGCCUGACCAAGCAGAUGAGGCUGCGUGUGGAGAGCCUGAAGCAGCGUGGGGCGAAGCGCCAGGAUGGUGAGAAGCUGCUGCGGCCGGCCGAGUCCAUGUAUCGCAUCGACUUCAUCCAGCAGCAGAGGCUGCUGUUCGAGCGCUGGGACAUCGUGCUAGACAAGCCGGGCAAGGUCACCAUCACGGGCACCUCCCAGAACUGGACACCUGACCUCACCAACCUCAUGACGCGCCAGCUGCUGGACCCUGCUGCCAUCUUCUGGAGCAAGGAGGACUCGGAAGCCAUGGAUUGGAAUGAGGCUGAUGCCCUGGAGUUCGGGGAGCGCCUGUCCGACCUGGCCAAGAUCCGCAAGGUCAUGUAUUUCCUCAUCACCUUUAGCGAGGGCUUGGAGCCCGCCAACCUCAAGGCCUCCGUGGUCUUUAACCAGCUCUGAAGGUGGCUGCUCACUGCUACCUGCCCUCUCGCCCACCUGCCCUGUCCCCUGCCCGUACCCCUUCCCCCAGUGUGUGUUUGGGACAUUCUUCUAGCUGCUGGCCUGUACUCAGCUUGGCUGGGACCCCUGAGCCUGCAUCCUUCGUUCCCCUCUCCUUUCCUUGGUGCUGGCACUGCUGCUCUGUUGAAGCUGAACUGGCUGCCGCUGCUUCUGCUGUAGACCACGGAGGCCUGGUCGGGGCUGGUGUGGGAAGACAGGGAGGCCGUGGGCAUCUGCCUUCUCCUUGCUUCGUUGUCGGGAGAGAGGCCGAGAGAGACCAAGACAGAGACAGACACAGACACAGGGAGAGAGAUCUAAGGACACCGGGCUUUCUCCGGAGAUGGGGAGGCGGAGAUGACAGAGCAGCCUCCUUGGAAAAUCCAGCAAACAAGCCUCUGCUGCCCUUCAGCCACAACGCUCUUUUCCAGAACGCUGUCCGGAGGUGAACGCCCAGCCUGAGAACCCAGGAAGGUGCUGCUCCGGGUGUGGCCCUGCAACGCCUCAAGGGCCCUCAGGACAUCGGGCAGGGUUGCUGGGGGUGCUGAUUUGGGCAGUGGGGAGUGGCUGGCACACUGGAGGCUGUGCAGGCUGACUCUUGCUCUUCUGGGAGUGACUUCGGGAAUGGAGAAGUGAAGGGGGGAAAUAUAAAAAAGUUGCAUAGAGCUGUGUCUAAACAUAUACACGUAUAUUGAGAGAGAACAUGCUAUAUUCAUGUGAAUAACUCUAUACCUGCCCUGUGAACAAGUCUGACUUUAGGUGAUCUAUUAUAUAAUUGGCCAGCUGGUGCACAGGUGGCCCUUAGCAGGGGCUUGGUCAGCAUGACAUUGGGGAUGAAGUGGGGAACAGUGCAGUAAACAGGUUUCCCUCUGCCUGGGGGAAGUUGGAUAGAGGGGGUCCAGAACCCUGGAGCUGGGGCCGGUUGCAUCUCUGGGGCUGCAGGUGUUCCCCUGCUAGGAUGUCAGACUUUUUUUGGCUCACUGAUGGGAGAAGACAAGUGUGUCAGCCUGGUGUGGCAUCUCUUUGGCAUCUUUGGUGGAGUCGAGAGGUGGGGAUGGGCGUGGCCUUGGGAGGGCAGUUGUGACAGCUGAUGGUCAGAAGUGGGAGAUUGGCAGUAGUGUGAGCGGUGGUCCUUUCUAACUUGAAGCGCUGGUGCCUGUUCUGAGAUGUGCUUGGAGUCCCCGUGUUUGCCUGCCUGCUUCUCUGUUGACUCCAGGGGGAGCCUGGAGGCCAGACCCCUGCGGAUGGCCCUGCCCUUUUGUCUCUUUGCUUGACCUCUCCCUGCAGCUGUGGGGACCCUCUUGGUGCAGACUGCCUGUGCCCCUACCCCACCCCACCAUGUCGGCCUCGUGCAGGCAUGCAAGUGCCUCUGCCGUGCCCACCGCGCAUCCCCAAUAAAGCCUGUGUGUGCCUCAUGGUGUGUGUUCUCUCAUCACAAGCCUCCCCCUCCCCAGGCCCUCUCCACACUCCUGACCCCUCCCCACCUGCUUUCAGGGAUGAGGCCCAGAGCAGGCAGGUGACUGGAAGGAGUUUGAAACCAGGUCCCCUGACACCCAAUCAGGAACCAACACCUCUGAGUUUUUUUCCAGUGGCCCCCAGACCAGCCUCUGCAUGGGAUCUGGAGAAAG